GUGUUGUUGAUUAAUUGUUUUACGUUAUCUUAUAGUUCUUUGAAAAAUGCUCUGAUCAACACACAUCGCAGCAAUCAUCUUGACGAUACAAAUCAUCAAAGUCACAAUCACGAAUCGUCUCAAGUGUUUGAGGUUUGGAGCUUAUCGCCAUCUAGUGACGGCAUUCCACACUGGCAAAUAAUAGGAAAUGUAAGCGGCUCGUCCGUCCGACUAGACACCGUCCUGUGGGUCGGAGCAAGAAGAAUGGGACCGUGGAUAUCUGGAAAACAGCGCUUUCGUGUGGUAACAGCUCAUAAUCCGCCUUUUGUUCAGCAAUCCACCAGGGUUAGCAAUGGAAGCUGCUUAAUGGGCAUACCGUGUCUUCAGGUACAUACUAACCGUAAAGACGAGUUAAUGACUAUUUUCUCGGACUACACACGUGGUAAAGCUGAAGGCAAGGCCUACAAUGUUACCUGCUGUGCAGGGAUUACCAUGGACCUUCUUACGGACUUAGCACGUGACCUAAACUUUGAAUAUGACAUCUACUUGGUAGCUGACGGCAUGUUUGGCACUAGUCGCGGAGGUCAGUCUUGGAAUGGCAUCACAGCUGACCUCAUCAGUGGUGCCGCGAACCUAGCCUUCUCUUCUUUCAGUAUAACUAGCAUGAGAUAUGAAGUCAUCGACUUCUCCGUCCCUUACUUCCACUCCGGAGUUUCAUGUCUCGCUUCCUCCAAGAUACAUGACGUACCGCUCUCAGCUUUCCUGGUUCCGUUCAGUGUAGAACUCUGGGUCGCCAUAUUCGCCAGCCUCAACGUCACAGCCUUCGCUGCCGCCAUCUAUGAGUGGCUGAGCCCUUUCGGUCUAAACCCCUGGGGACGACAGCGAACCACAAACUUCAGUCUAGCCUCUGCUCUUUGGGUAAUGUGGUCACUUCUUUUUAGCCAUCUAGUGGCCUUCAAAGCUCCCAAGUCCUGGCCCAACAAGGUUCUCAUCAACUUGUGGGGUUGUUUCAGUGUCAUCUUCUUAGCUUCAUAUACAGCAAACAUAGCUGCCCUUUUUGCAGGCCUGUUUUUCCAGCUCCGAGUUGACGACUUUCACGAUUCUAGUCUUUUAAAUCAACGGACAGGGGCUACCAAAGGAAGUGCAGCUGAAGGCUACGUAUACAGCGAAAACCCUAGGCUGUGGCAACACAUUCAGAAAUACGGUGUUGAGACGUUAGAGGACGGGCUGGACAAACUCAGGGGUGGCGAGCUAGAUGUAAUUAUUGGGGACACCGCAGUCUUGAACUACUUUCGUGGUAACGAACCCGGAUGUAACCUGCAUCUUCUAGGAGACCCUAUCUUCGACGAUGCCUAUGCAAUUGGAAUGCAAAAAGGGUUUCCAUUGAAGGAUGCAAUUUCUGACUUGAUUCUUCGUUAUAAUGAGUUUGGCUACAUCGAUCAGCUUCAGCAGAAAUGGUAUGGUAGAGUGCCUUGCUUUGGAUCUUCAGUCCACGCUCCAACCAAACCCAUGGGCCUUGGAAUCAGGGCCGUAGCUGGAGUGUUUAUCAUGCUUCUAGUGGGCCUUCUGGUUGGUAUCUGUAUAUUAGUACUGGAACACCUAGUGUUUCGAUAUGCUGUGCCCAUACUUAGAGAACAACCUCAGGAAACAGUUUGGAGGAGUCCAAACCUUAUGUUUCUUAGCCAGAAACUUUACCGAUUCAUCAACACGGUGGAGCUUGUAUCUCCACAUCACUCAGCCAAAGAAAUAGCUAACAAUCUACGGGAAGGUCAAAUCUUCAGCCUUUUCCAGAAAAGUGUAAAAAGAAAAGCAAAAGAAGAUUUGAGAAGAAGAAGAAGCAAAUCUCAGUUCUUUGGAGUCAUCCAAGAAAUUCAGAAUGUAGUCCACCAAGAACAAGAACUACGAACGUUAACCUCAGCUGGUAACCUUGCUUCCUCAACAACAGAGAACAUACCCAGAGAACUAAAAUCCCUCGAUGAAUACCUUCUUCAUCACAGGAAGGAAGUGGUGAGAGCACAGGCGUUCUCAAAUUUACGGAAAAAAGCAUUAUCUCAAGACAACAGUAAUACAAUGGAUCAUGAUGUUCCUCAACAAGAACGGUUGUUGAUGGGUCCAAAGAGGUUAACACAUUCAUUUCCUUCUAUGUCUGUUCCACAGCCAUUAGACAACAAGAUAACGUCUUCCAGUUCUUCGGGAACUUCUUCUUCUACAUUUCCUCCCCUGCCUCAUCUCCAUGAUCGUGUCUUUAGUUUUAGCCUCAAUGACCUCUCAUCAGUCGGUUCUAGAGGUUCCCAACAAAGAAAAGUAGCAGAUAGACGCAGCGGAAUGUCUUGUUCUUUUUCGGAUCUUAGAACUUUGAAGAGUAAACAGCGACUAAAUGACUUAGAUGCUGCAGAUCUUUCAAAUCAUCAUACCUACAGGAACUUAGAUUUGAAUAUUUCUAGCCUCCGAAAGCAUAGGCCUCCUCUUUUACUCCAGUAUUCCAUAGAUGAUCACCAGCUUAGUUCUAUGCCCAAGGAUGAAAUUAUACGUAGAUGGCAAACCACUGAGCGGCAGAUGUUAAACAGACUAAGAGAAGUCCUUAAACAAAAGGCAGAGUUAGAAGAAAAACUUUCACUUCUUCAGAAAACUCUCCUGCGACCACCAUGAAGAAAGGAAUCACAUGGUUGGUGCAAUGGUAAAACGUUAUCGUGAAAAUCACUUGGGUGGGUUAAAUAACAUAUAAUGACCAUCUGUUCAGUGCAGCUUUUGACAGUUUUAACCUGAAGUUAAAUGCAAUGAUAAACUAAGGUAGUCCUCUGGCAUACUUGUUUGGGAAAAAGGUAUAGAGAUUAUAAAUUGAUUGGAACUUGAAAUGCUGUCAUUGAGGACCAGAGUAGAUAUACUUUCAUAGUAAAUAACUUAGUACAUUUGCCGAGCAGACUUCCUGUUUACUAAUGUUAUAAUGUCUAGAGAAUUAAGUAUUUUCUUUUAGAUUUUGUUUUGUCAAUGAAAGAGUAAUUUUAAGUAUAUCUGCUUAGCCUCUAUUUAAACAUAUAUUUCAUUCUGUCUUUAUAGGAAGAAAAUUAACAGCUAAGUUUUCAAAUUAUUACGCAAAUUUUAACAUAAAAAUCACUUUUAUUGUGAUAGUUUGAUUGUUCAAAGAUUAGAUUUCAACGCUAUUAGGCUUUAGUUCUGUUAAGCAAUUAAACAUUGAAAGUAAUUGAAUUACAGCUUGGUGUAACCUAGUGUGUAAAAACGUAGAAAGACUUCCGUUGGUUUCUUCUCAAUGUACAUUUAUUUAUGGGCCUGAAAGAUGGUAUGGAAAGGUUUUAGAAUGCUAUAAAAUAACACUUCUUCGCUCUAUGAUAACAAAUUAAGCAUGUUUCGAAGUUUUACAAAAAUCCACAGAUUCCUAUGAUACCAUUGAAAUUCUUUUUUUCUUCUUCUUUUGUUGUUGUUGUUAUUGUUCUUUAGCAUUUUGACUUUUUGUUGUUAAGCGAAAAGUUACUCAAUGGGCUAUCUAUACAUUGCCUACCACGUGUAUCGAAGCCCAAAUUUCAGGUUUAUAAGCCAUCAGACCUAUCGUUGAUCCAUCUGAAAGGGGGGGGGGUGCAUUUUGUUAAUUAUUAACGAGGCAUUAAGAUAUUUCCAGGCCCAAAAUUAUUCGCAGCUGUGUCAAAACUCGUGCAUGUUACCAAACAAAGUUAAUCUUCAAUACAAAAUACGUUUUCUGUCAUUUAUUAUUCCUAUCUUCACUUUACUAGUGAAAUGUAGUUUAUUUUUAAUGUCCUAAAAAGUUAAAGAAAUAUAUUUAAAUAUGAUACCCCUAUAUAUGUAUUUAUAAUUAACAUUCAAAGCAAAAUUCAAAAGUUUAAAAUUAAUAUAAAAAAUAGAAAAUGUUUCAACAAGCUGCAAAAUGAGAAACGUCAAAAGUCAAAUAUACUUUUUUAUAUAGUUACGAAAAAGUUUACCGAUAGAAUUUUGUUAACAGCGAUUGAGAUGUUUACAAUUGUUUAAGGGAGGAUCAGGUAAUACUUUUCAUCUCAUGUAUUUGUAUAAUAUUUGUAGACAGCUUUUACUGCAUUGUAUCGUAUUGGAAUGUUUCAAGAAAACCUUUUUUCCUUCUAUUUAUUUACGCCGUCUUUGAUAAUUUACGUCUAAACGCAAUUUUAGGCUUAAAGUCGAUUUAUAUAAAUGGUUUUAGGUUGUGGUUAGUAUUUGUUUAACUAGAUAAGUAUUGUUUUCACCUUGACGAUCUGCUAGUUUUACUUUAGCCAUGGAUAAUCAUGCACUAGAAAGACGACGAAAUUGUUUAGAAAUAUUUGAUGGUUAGAUUUUGAGGGAUCAAUGUGUUUAAACACUCGGUGUGACGAUGUUGUGGUCUAAACUAUGCACUUAAAAGACAAGAAUGCAAUUUAAAUAAGCAAGUCAAAUGUUCCCUUACGUUAGGGUUACAUGGCUACUGCCUUGUGGCUCCUUAUUCUAUUGUUUCAUUCUUGUUUAGCUAGCGUUGUCUUAAUACACAUUACUUUAUAUGUGGCCUAGAUACCAUAACAAAGUUAGACACGAAAAUAUAAUUGCCUAAUAAAGAAUUAUUAUCUA